AAACUGUGAGAGUGUCUGAGGUCUGCCAGAGGAAAAAAAUAAAUACAAAAAAAAAAAAAAAGAGGAGGAGGAGGAAGAAGAGGAAACUACCAGGCUCAGUUCCUGGAUUCCCAGCUUUGCAGAGGAUUCCUGGGAAUAUUUUGGGACUGAGGCCAAAGUCCCCAUAUCCUGUCUCUGUCAGUGCCUUGUCCUGAGUGAGUGCACUCUGCAGACUGCAACUCCUGCGGUUUGGGGGGGCCUCUGCCAUCCUGGAUCAUGGAGGGACUGAGACUUCAUGGGAUUCUUUGAAAAACCUUGGAGGUACAACUAGAGUGAGUUCAGCUCAGUCCCAGGAAAGAGAGGAAGGCAUGACAACACUCAGCUCAGGUGAGUGAUACUCCGAGGCAGGAGUACAGUGCCAGUCCAUGGAGUUAUAACUGGAUGAUAUCCCACUUAGCCUGGAGCUCAACACAGCAACAUGGGGGUAGAAACUCAGCAUGUGAUGAUGGUCUUUGUAAAACUUUGUGUUUUUUUUUAAAAGAAAAGUGUGAUCCUCACCUUCCAGCAACAGAUUCCUGGAAUCGGUGAUUCCUAAUUAGCGGAAUGAAAAGCCCCGAAUAAUGUAGCCAAUCAAGGAUCUCUGACACCAAAGGACACGGGUAUUCCUAAUGUACUAUAAUAGUUUUAGGACACAUCUGGACAUCUGGUCGAUGAAAUAUGCACCGUUUUUGGCACUUCGUUUUACUUAAUAUUAAAGUAUUUUUUUAAUGAUUUUUUUUUUCUACAUUUUUUUUCCGCUGGUACUCAUAUGCAAUAGUUUCGAAACCUGCAGUGGCCAACUUUGCAAAAGUUUUUGGGUUUAGCAUACGUUGAAGAGAGUUUACUUAACGCGCAUUGGAUCGCCUCUCGAGUUAGUUGCCACUCUAAUGUAUAUUUCCAAAUCUUGGCAUGGGAUUGAGGAUAUAUUGUUCGCCAGUCAAUCAAUUUGUUAAUAUUGAAUUGCACUCGCAAUGUUCCAGAUUUUAUGUUGCCAAAAGUGGACCCAUGGAUUGUUGGAUAAGAUCCUUGGGAAUUUGGUUUAGACGAACCGUGGACUACAUCUCGUUACCGUGGACAAAAAGAAAUUAUAUUCACAUACCCUUUACAGCGGGCAAGUGUUGAUUUGGAAUCCCCAAUGUAUAUGGACAAGAGCAACCUUCGAGGUCCCCAGCAGAGGGCUCAGCCACUUGUUAAAAGCCUCUCUUUGGAGCCCGCACACAUCUCUGCACACCCAGACAAGCCCCAGCGACUCCGAUCGGACCCUGGGACCUCUCCUGACUGCAACGGAAGUCUUCCUGUCCCCACCAGCCCCAAACCAGCAGCUCCUAAACGUAGCAACAGCAUCAAGCCAGAAGUUCCUCCUAAGCCCCCACAUCUGCAGAGCGUGAGAAGGCCUCGUCCACCUGGUCAUAUCCCUCCACCUCCUUCGCGUCCACUGCCUGCCGACCCCAGACUUUCACGGGUGUUCCUGCCACGGCCGGACAACAAGGAUGGAACCCCUUCUGCUGUCACCUCCCUGAUCGAGAAAUUUGAGAGGGAGCCUCUCAUUCUUCCCGCUGAACAAACUGGCUCAAGCCACGUGUCUGACACCCAAUCUGACCUGGACAGUGCCCCCUCGCUGCGUCCAGGGUACAGUAUGGGUGAACUGGGGCACAAACUUCUUGAUCUGCUGGAGCCGGAGGGAUCACAGGGCAGCCUGGAGAGAAGACGUCGGAUCGGCCUUGGUGGGGGAGAUACUGAAGAAAUUGGGGAGCAGGAUCCUGGGGGGAAACUGGCAAAUAGAGAUAGCGGCAUUGACAGCAUCAGUUCUCCAUCCACAAGCGAGGAAAUGUGUUUUCUUGGAGAGGUAGAAGAAGGUGGUCGAGAGGAAGUAGAGCCUACUAACACCUUGACCCAACGUUGCUCUGGCCGUGACUCCGAGGGAGACAGCGAUAUGGAAGAUGGCAGUGCAGACGAAGGAGAAAUACCUCCUGAAAGGCUGGACCCAUGCGAGUUUACAGCUCGACAGAAAGUGUAUAACAUUGCUAAUGAGCUUCUGCAGACCGAGAAAGCCUAUGUGUCCCGUUUACAUUUGCUCGACCAGGUGUUCUGUGCUCGGCUAUUGGAAGAAGCUGGAACUAAAGGUUCCUUUCCUGUAGAAGUGGUGAUGGGAAUCUUUUCCAACAUCUGUUCCAUAUACUGUUUCCACCAGAAGUUUUUACUGCCCGAGCUUGAGAAACGCAUGCAAGAAUGGGACAGCAACCCACGGAUUGGGGACAUCUUACAGAAGCUGGCUCCAUUUCUCAAAAUGUACGGAGAAUAUGUCAAGAACUUUGACCGGGCCAUGGAAUUGUUAAACAGCUGGACAGAAAGGUCCUCCCAGUUCAAAAGUAUUAUCCAGGAGGUGCAGAGGGAGGAGGCCUGUGGUAAUCUGACAUUACAGCACCACAUGUUGGAGCCUGUCCAGAGGAUUCCUCGCUAUGAGCUGCUCCUUAAAGACUACCUCCAGAAACUGCCUGAGGAUUCCAGGGACCGGAGGGAUGCAGAAAAGUCCUUGGACCUGAUUGGUACAGCAGCUGAGCACUCGAAUGCUGCCAUUAAGAAAAUGGAACGAAUGCACAAGUUGUUGAAAGUGUAUGAGCUCUUGGGUGGAGAAGAAGAUAUUGUGAAUCCCACAAAUGAGCUGAUAAAAGAGGGCCACAUACUCAAACUUUCAGCAAAGAAUGGAACCACCCAGGACAGAUAUCUCAUACUGUUCAAUGACCGACUCCUGUACUGUGUACCCAAGCUGCGACUGAUUGGUCAGAAAUAUAGUGUUCGAGCGAGGAUUGAUGUCGAUGGGAUGGAGCUUAAACACAGCAGCAGUCCCAACCUGACUAGGACCUUCUUGGUGUCUGGGAAACAACGAUCUCUGGAGCUCCAGGCCAGAACCGAGGAAGAGAAAAAACUGUGGAUCCAGGCCAUCGAGACUACAAUGAGCUGUCAUGAGCAGACAAUGGAAACCUAUAAACUGCUCAACUCCACUCAUCGGGAAGAAGACGAGACUCCACCAAACUCACCGAACACUGACUUGGGAAGACGAGCCCCGACUCCCAUCAGGGAGAAGGAGGUAACAAUGUGCAUGAAAUGCCAGGAGGCAUUUAACUCUAUAACUAAGAGAAGACACCACUGCAAGGCGUGUGGACAUGUAGUUUGUGGGAAGUGUUCCGAGUUCCGCGCCCGGCUUGUGUAUGAUAAUAACCGUACGAAUCGCGUGUGUGUGGACUGUUAUGGGACCCUUCAUGGCUCUCUGCCAAGCCCAGGAUACAACGUGCACACUCCUCAGCGACGGAAGUCCAUCUUGGAGAAACAGGCCUCGGUAGUAGCAGAACACAGUGUGCUGUGUAGCUAUAUGCAUUACCUGGAGAAGGGAGCUAAGAGUUGGCACAAGGGCUGGUUUGUGAUCCCCCAGAAUGAACCCAUGGUCCUUUACAUCUACGGAGCCCCCCAGGAUGUCAAAGCUCAGCGCAGCAUCCCCCUUAUCGGGUUUGAGGUGACCCCCACAGAUCCAGGAGAAAGGUCUGACCGCCGACAUGUCUUCAAAAUCAGUCAAAGCCAGUUAAGCUUUUAUUUCAGCCCUGAGACAGAAGAGUUGCAACAUCGCUGGAUGAGUGCAUUGUCUCGGGCUGGUCGAGGAGAAGACUGCAAUCCUAGAACACUCCUGUUAGAGACUGAGGAAGAGCAUGAGAUGACAAGUGGACCCCUGGGGGACACUUGAGGACAUUCUUCACUCCCCCACAAUGUAACCAGGGGCAUAGUGCUCGGACUAAUCAAUUUAUCUUUAAAAUGGGAACUUUUACAAAUGUGGAGCUGUACCCACCUGGCAGCUUCACUUGGGGAGGGCUGGACUCACCCGUAGGACUUCCAUGUUCUGAGAGGCACCUGAAAGAAAGAUUUGAUGGAACUGUUACAAACCCAGGGGACAUUUGAUGAACUUAAUUGACUUUACAGACUUCAACCCUGGAGAACCGGAUUGGGAUGGGGCUGGACUGACCCAUCAUCAUAUAUGUAACAAGGACACUGUGGGCUGGACUGACCCAUUCAUGCCUCCAUGCAAGAUUUUCAGAUGCUUCCUUCCUCUUGAACUUAGGCUUUGCUCAAAACCACCACCCGCACUUUCUCAUUUUUUUAAUAUGUUAUGUAUUAUAAUUAUUUUAAUAAUAUUUAGCAACACUUUUUUAUUUUAAAGUCUUGUUAUCUUGCCUGUUUGGGAACCAUGGGCCAUACUUAUCAAGGCAAACGUGGAGAAAUUUUGGGACAAAGUGCUGUUCAGGAGGUAUCAGCAGAACAUUCCACUGGUCGUAAAGUGAAUUCUGUAUAUUUACCCAUUUUAUUCCCAAUUUUGCUUUGAUAAAUGUGGCCCCUUGUGCUCCAUUCUGUUCCCUGUAGUGUUUAUACAUCUGUUCCAAAAAUUCAUGCCCGCCCCACAGACCUAGCCUGUUAGUAUGAGAGAUUCUGCCAAAUUACCAUAUUGCCAGUCUUGGGAGGGGGAGAGGAAAAUGUGCCAUACAAAACAGAAUAUUUAGAAAAAAAAUCUAAUUUUUUAGCAGUUAAGGUGCUUAAUCAUUUAAGUGGACUGGUCAUCUACCUCCCUCUCCAAAACAUAUAAAUGAAUAAUGCAUAAAACAAACUGUUGUGUUAACCUUUUAAAAACAACCAAAAAGGUAUAGCAAUUUAAGAGCUCAUGCGCGUAGCUCUCUCAUAUCACAGACUAUUUCCCAGCAUGCAUUUCUUCCUGGUUCUCUACUCAUUUCCUGUAUUUUUGCUAUUUGUUAUAUAACUAGUGCACGAUUUAGUAACAAUAAAGUGGCACUUUACCUUGAGGAGUCUUUGUGUUUUUUACAAAGUCCCCUCAAGUUAAAAUAUGUGCUUGCAUAGUGGUGCCAGGGGGGGGGCGGGGGGAGGGAGAUAUACUGUAGCUCUCCAGUUGAACUGCAUCUUGAUUUUGAGGCAGACAAAGUCGCCAAGAGUCACAUCGCUGGUGUACUUGCACAUAUGCAUGAGGUCAAAGCAGGUUUUAUGGAAAAUCACACAAAUCUGCAGGAUCCUCUAUAUAUUUUGCAAUCAGAUGCCAUAGGAAAUUGCAAGAUGCCGAAUUAGUUUGAAGCUUCGCCCUUCCGACACAUCUGUUAAAAAAAAAUGUGUGCAUACACAUGACAGAGGUUUCCAACUUUGUCUCUUGUUUGAGAUAUUUCAGUGAAAUUCUAUUUCCGUUUCCAUAGGUUCUUCAUACACAUUCUAUAGUUGUAAAAAAAAACAAAAAACUUGAAAACGACACUGCUCGUUUAAAUCUUUCAAGGAGGGAAGAUAUUCAACUGUGUGCCAAAAUCCCACAAACAUACUAAGUGCCGAGACAAGGAGUUUAAAACAUAGUUUAAAAUAAUUAUACUAAAACCAUGAACACAAUAUUUAGAGAGAUUAUAUGCUGUAUUAAAUAGUGUUUAUCUAAUUUACGUUCACAAGUCAACUUUAAUCCCACAGUGUCGUUACACCUUCACUGUGAUAUACCACAUUCGUUAGAGACUUCCUUCUAAAUCUUGUGCGUUACUGCCAAACACGCAUUCCUGUCUGCCACACACAGCUGUAAUGCACAUAUAUUCAGUGUCAGUGAUAGCAAACCUUUUGAACUACAACACCCAUGAUGCACUCCCAGUUUAAAGGCUCUCAGAGAUACAUAGUUCAUGUGUCUCUUCUCAAUUCCAAGGAUUGCGUUCACUGGUCUACGACAUGCGUCGCUACGUCAAUCACUACUUUAGAUCAACACAGGUCACCAGCACUAGAGUAAUUUGCCAAAAUUAAUCUAUUAUACCAGGUGUAACAGUUAGUUCUUGCACACUCGCAGACACUCAGAUGUUAUAAGUAGUCCGUAUAAGUCCAUAUCAAAACAAUGAACAGAGUAAGAGGGAGGGAGGGAACCAGGGAUUAAUGGCUCAGUAAACAUCAAACGGUAAAUUUGUAUUUUAGAGUGUAUUCACUGAACACUGAUUUGGGGUGAAUUGAACACUAAAUUGCAAAAUCAAGGUCAAAAUAGCAAAUUAACGUAUAAAAAAAAGAGUAAAUUUUAUACUUCGGUUUUCGAUUCACUAAAAUAUGCAGCGUUAUUCGUAAAAGUCUGAAUUUUAAUAAACCAAAAUGCCUUAGGCUAAAGUAGACGAUUUGGAAGAAUUCUUCAACUCAACUGUAGCCACGACCAUUUUAGUCUAUGAGCUUAAUGAAUAACAUUAAUGGUGUUUAGAGAAUAAAUUCCAGUGUUUUUUUUUUUUUCUUUUUCUAGGGCUAGAAGUGACAGUGUUGUAUUUUUAGUAUAUUUAAUAGGGUCAGCGAUUUAAAACCCUGGAUCUCUCCACAGAAUUGAAAAUAAAACACUCUCUAAAAUACAAAAUUACCUUGGCAAUUUCUACCCCAGUUAAACGUGUCUCAUUAAGGUGACCGGGCCAGCGCUGGCUGGGUUAAAAGGGAUAUUUUACUUAUCUUUCUUCCCUCGCUGUGCUAGUCUCGUUAGGGGUAGCUCUGCCUCUUUGACUGAGAUCAUUGAGAUUGAUGGGAGGCUAGUGCGCAUGCGCGGCAAAACGCUGUGCCAAUCAGGUAGUCUCCCUGAGACGUUUUGAUAGGAAUAGCUGAGUUUUACUCUGCUAUUUUACUGGUACGACAAUGUUAUCGGCUGCAGGGUUAAAACUGGGUGGGGGGGGGGGGGGGAGAACAUGUCACCCAGACCACUUCAGUGAUAUUAAGUGAUCUGGAUGUCUAUAGUGUCCCUUUAACUCUUACUAAAGCAGAGUAUUAACGUGGUAAAAUGAAAUAAGGGUGCGUAUAACAUAUUCCAGAUGUGCGUACUGACGUAUCAGUGUACGCACAUACUUUUAUAUAUUCAAAAUACUUCCUGCAAGGUCACGUACAUCAAAAACAUGACCACGUUAUUUUCAACAGAUAUUAAACUCUACUGCGUAGAACACAGUGUGUCCCUCAUCUCUCUGAUCUGCCAAUUCUCCUGUGUGUACCUUGCCUCUGGCUCAGAUUGUGCUACCAGCAUCUGUAGUCCAUACAGAGGGGUUUAUUCAGUAAACACCAAAUUGCAGUGCAUUCAAAACCGAAUCGCAAAAUUUAAGUAGCCAAGUUGACUGACUGAUGGUAGCUCGAUGAUUUUUUUCCCAAAUCAAUUAUUUUUGCCUGAAUUAUAGCAGUUUGGUUUUCAAUUCACUUCAAUUCAGUGGAUUUAGUGUUUACGGAAUAAAGCCCAUUGUCUAUGCUCUCUAUCUGCACACCUCUCUGCUUCCCGUUUCUGUGGAGUGCAGGGUGGGGGCAUGAUGAUAGUGGCAGGCCACUGGAGAUGUUUGUGUUAAAUGCCUCCCCCUGCUUUGUGCUGGCGGGGAGAGUUGAAUACAGAUUGUUUACUGCAGGCAA